GAGAUAGUCGAGCUCACUGUUAACACAUGAAAUAAACCACAAAGACACAAAAGUACGUCUGUUUUUCUGUGCAUUAGAAAGUUAAGUCGGGUAGUUUGAAGUAUCUCGUGUAGGGUCAGACUCUUCUAGACAAGCACGCGCACAGGUGAGGUGCUGUAAACACCGGUGUGGUUCACAACUUCACUCCAUCCAUCCAGCAGUCUUGUAAAGGUUAUCAGCGAUCUUCUCCUAUGUUUGAAACAAUCGUAGUGAACAUGACGAGCUUGAAGGCGUUUACCGAGCCGUUUGGGCGAGUGGCUUCUGAACCGGUAGAGGACACGGACCCCAGCAGCUUUAUUACAGAUAUGUCUCUAAGGUCAAACUACCCUGUUCAGGUCACAGAUUCACAAGACCCGGUGACCCUUCAGCUCAGCUCUGUUCCGCCUGGUUUUCUGUCGUCUGCGGUAGGCAGGAUACGACAGCCUGUGGAAAAUGACGAUAGUGAAUGUAUCACAUCAGCGUCUGUUUCAUCAGACUUCAGUAAAGAACUCAAGCCCUGUAAGGAGUGUUUGUUUUCUGCUCCUCCACCCAAAAUCAGUGACCUGAUGAAUGACGAAGACCUUCUGUACAGCCUGCGGCUCAAGCUGGACCCGACUCACUGCACGGUCAAAAACUGGAAGAACUUUGCGAGCCGCUGGGGAAUGAGCUACGAUGAGCUGAUGCUUCUAGAGCAGCGUAAGCACGGUGCCACUUACAAUAGUCCUACUCAAGAGUUUCUCCUGCGCUACAACCAGAAACUUGUCACAGAGCUCACCGAACUCUGCCAGCUUUACCAGCGAAUCGACGUGCUGCGGUUGCUCCAGCGCUGGAUGGAGAACGACUGGCCCUCACGCUGGCAGAAGGCCCAUUAGCCGGCACUUGACUAAAACUGGACCUCAGUGGAUGAAAUUCAGAACUGCAGUGAUGGACCGCAGGUCAGAAAUACACACACACACUACUGAACAGCAGUGGUGGAAUAACAGUGUUUACAAAGUUGUACACUGGACUUAGUCAUUUUUUGAUAGCUCUUGGCUGAUUAUAGCUUUGCAAAUGUCACAUGUUUGUGGCGGGCAGUAGAUAUGCGACUGAAGGGUGAUCGUCAAAUAUACGCAGUGGCGCCCCAGCAGUUCAAGAGGAAACUGAAAGGCCACUCAGGUGUGAUUGCACGUUUAGAUCAUGUCCGGAAAUUCUCUGUCGUUCCAGACAUACAGCGUUUAAUUUAUUUUUAAAACAACCAGUCUCUGCUGGUGGUCUUAUGAAGAGUUCUUCUAUUAGUGACAUUCUUGAUUUUGAGUUACUGUGCUCAUCAAAAAUGAGUUUUAGGACUUUUCUCACCUUUUAGAAGUCACACUGGCUGUAUCUUGAUUUCAGCUGGGGUUCAGCUUGCUGUAUUUUCUCAUUACAACAAAUACUGCAGUUCAUGAUAUUCAUAAUAUCCCAUGAAAAUAUGACAUUAGAGCUUGUUGGUAAUUUUGGUUGAUUUGAUGGCUAGUGCCAAAUUGUAUAAAGAUUAUAUUUUGCAGUUAUUAAAAGUUCAACACAAAAAAAAAGGUUUAAUAGGUCAAAAACCAAUAUUAUAUAAAUAUACAGAUGCUUAAAUGUAUGUGAAACCUGUGAGCAGUUUACAGUUUUUUGUUGUUUUACUGUGUAUGUGUGUAUAUGUGUGUGUAUAUAUAUAUAUAUAUAUAUAUAUAUACAGACAGACAGACAGACAUUUUGUAGGUUGUAAUUUAUUUUGUAAUUUAUUUUGCAAUAUCUUGCUUGAUUUUAAUAGUUUUAUCCUUCAAUUUGUAAAUAUGUUUUAUGACUAAAAUAUUAUUUUAAUAAAUAUAUCCAUUUAAUAAAUCUGUUUUGUUUAAAUGCACAAAUACAUUGCCUAUAUUCACUGAGAAAUUGAUAAAAAUAUACACAAUAUAGUUUGUGUAUAUAUAAUUAUAUUGUAUUUUGUGUAUAUGUAAUAUUAAAUGUCAUUUCUUUGUUUUCAAUUGAGUGUGUUUGUAUAGAGGAAAAAACUACAUAAAAGAUGGAAUGCAAAAUCUGUGGAUUUAUGCAGAAUGAUUUUGACAAUAUAGUAAAUAAUAACUUCACUAUAAAAAUAUAACUUUUUAACAUUUAAGGCUUACAAUGCAAAUCCAAUUAGAUCCACAUGUUUUGUAAAUGAUGUAAGACUCAUAUAACACGUCUGCUUAAAGACAGGAAAUAUUACUUUACAAGUUGUACAUGAAUCCUGUAAACAUUUGCGUACUAAUCAAGACCUAGUGAAAUGAAUAUAAACCCUGAAUAAAUAUAAAUGAUCACGCUUACAAAAGUAAAUAAAUAGAUUGAAUGAUGGGCUCAAAUAUUUGUGGAAAUCUGUGUAUUUCUGUGUACUCAAAUUCCUUGUGGGCCUAGUAACAAGUCGUGACAUUCAAAGAAGGGUUGCCAGAGGAAAGCCUAUAAUAAAACAAGCUGCCUGUUUCAUUAUUCCAUCUUUAAUGUAGUUUUUCAUUACUCACACAAUUCCUUCUAAACAAACAAAUGUAAUUCACAAACCUACAUCUGACUUAAUAUAACAUUUUAAUACAUAAAAACUAGAAUAAGAGCAACUGAUGUAAAACAACAGAAAACUGACCUUCUCAGGGCGUUCCCAAGCAGUAUAUGGCAUGUUUACAUAGCAGUGAUGUACUUCAAAAAGAAAGGAAAUGUGCUUCUCUGAUUAAGUUUUAUUUUUUAAGUUCAGUGUACAGAUGGCAUGUUCUCAAAACGAUCCCUUAAACUGACUAAAAGCCUUGCUAAUGACAGGCCAGUAGUUGGUUAUGGUACUCAGUCAGUAUCUUGAGCAGCACAAACACAGCCCUGUUAUUCACCAUUGAUGUUUUGGUUGUCAAGUUCUCGCGCACAUUCUGUAUGAUGAUUCAAUAACACUCAUUCUGUGGAUUCAAAUGUUUCAAAAUUUACAUUUAAGCACCAUAUAAAACAUUGGUUUAUAUUAAAAUUUCCAUUGCACUGCUCGCAAAGCACUUGGCAUGUUUGGAAUGAAAAGCACUUAAGAUGUGAUGUCAUUAAAAUCAUUUUUGGUGGUCUUUAAGAAAGAUUUAGGACGUCUUUGACAAAAUGGCAGUGUAACUGCAAAGAGCUAUGGAUCUCACAGUCAAUUAAACAAUCUGAUCUGUUUUAAUUUAACUUCUUAAACAUUUUUGAUGGUGAGAAAAAUGCUGGUGGUUACAGUUUUAACAUUUGUGCUCAAAUGUCAAUAACAAUGAGGUAGUAGUGUAAGUUAUUGUAUAGAAAGAAGACGAUUUUGUGUCUUUAAGAAGUGUUUGGUUUUUUGCCUUUGUAUCCUACCUAGCCUUGGACUUAUUGUCUAAAAAUUAAAGCCAUAUCUGUUUGUUUGAAAUAAAACCUUUAUAUGAACAA